UAUUAUUAUGGCCAAAAAAAUCCAAUUUUUCUCUGUUCCAAAUGUUCAAACACUUGUCUCUAUCUCUACGUGUCUUCUCCUCCUCAGAAAAAAAACCCAACUUGAACUGAAAUUGAAUCGUUUUCUGACUCACUCUCUAACUCAGUGUCCCAACAACAGCAACAAAAACGACAAAACUCAAAGCAUUCAUGCCAAAGAGGUCAAAAAACUUUACUUCCACAUAACCAUGAGGCUAUCUCCAUCUCUGCUCGCCAAACCCAUCCGAAAGGCACCUCCUUUCCUUCACUUGGGUCUAAAUGUGAGAAGGGUGUCUCAGUUUCAGACUCAUGGUCUCCGAUUUCCUGUGGCCAUGGGCUCUACACCGUCUAUUCCUUCUGCAUCAGCUCGCUCUUCCACUCCCGCGGUAUAUGAGUCCAAUAUUGAUUCCGGCUCCGGCUCCAGCUCCAGCUCCGGCUCCGGUAUGUUGCCAAAGCAGGGUAGUGGAGCCGAAGCCAUGGAGGAGGACAUAGAGAAGGUUAUUUACCGAUGCAGAUUCUUGACGCUUCUGGGGGUUUUCGGGUCUUUAACUGGGUCAUUUCUAUGCUUCAUCAAGGGGUGCACUUGUGUGUUCCAGUCUUUCAAGGAAUACUUCGUAAAUCAUGGCAAAGUGAUUUUAACGCUGGUUGAAGCCCUAGAUGUAUACCUCUUGGGGACAGUGAUGCUGGUUUUUGGAAUGGGUCUGUAUGAACUCUUUGUCAGCAAUCUGGACACUUCAAAGACACUGUCAGAAAAAAAAGCCCCUUAUGUAUCAAAUCUCUUUGGCUUAUUCACUCUGAAGGAAAGGCCGAGAUGGUUGAAUAUAAAGACGGUGAACGAGCUGAAAACGAAAGUAGGGCAUGUUAUAGUAAUGCUUCUUCUAAUUGGACUGUUUGACAAGAGCAAGAAAGCAGCUAUAAACACUCCUGUGGAUUUGCUUUGCUUCUCAGCCUCUGUUCUACUUUCUUCUGGUUGCCUCUUUUUAUUGUCUAGGCUUAAUGAGUAAUACUGACCCCCCCACCCCCAAAAAAAAAAAAAAAAGCUCGAUGGCUAGUAACAAAAUCAAUAUUUGUAAUGUAGCACUGUCGUAUGAUAUAGAGGUUGUAAUCAAAAUGACUGUAAAUUUGAUGUAUAUAAUCAGUAAUUUAUUAUUA